AUGGAGACUAGCCUAGAGAACCUGGCCCUGACCGACCUGCUGUGCUGCCUGUCCCUGCCCCUGCUGAUGAUUCCGCUGGCCCAGGACAUGCACUGGUCCAUGGGCUCACUGGCCUGCAAGCUGCUGCACGGCACCUUCUUCCUGGUCAUGUACUGUAUUGUGCUGCAGCUGGCUCUCAUCAGCAUGGACUGCUGGAUGCUGGUCAGCUGGUCCGUCUGGUGCCAGAACUGGCGCCGGCCACGGUACGCCUACUUGGUAUGCCUGGGCAUCUGGAUGCUGGCGCUGCUGGGCAGUGCCCCACAGUUCGUCAUCCAGGAAGCUGUGGAACCGAAGUCGAUCUUGGCGGGGUGUCGGAAAAGAUCAGGUGCUAUAACCAUCUUCCGCUUCAUGAUGGGCUUUGCCCUGCCGUUCAUGGUGAUCUGUGUGAGCCACUGACGCGUGUACCAACGGGCGUCGGGGCGUGGGCAAUGCCGCGGAGGGCGCGAGAGGUCGGCGCGAGCCGCCCGUGUCAUCAUUCUGGUGCUGAGCUUCUUCCUGUGCUGGGCGCCGGUGCACGUGCUGGACAUCGUGCACCUGGCUCUGCCAGCUGACCACCACAUCCACCACGGCUACAAGCUGGCGUGGGCCAACGUGCUGGCCACCUGCCUGGCCUACGUCAACAGCUGCCUUAACCCCGUCAUCUACGUGUGCAUGGGCCGCGGCUUCAAGGAGGGAAUCAUACGCACGCUCCGCAGGGUGCUCCACCUGGCCUCCGAGGCGCCCACUCACUCCAUGGGAGGGAAGCAAAACUCAAAGAGCACCACUGCGAACACACUGGACAGGAGUGGGUGACUCCAACAGCGGCCACACCUGACCUAACCUGACCUGUCCAACAAUGAAUCACGCCUCCGACUGAACAU